AUGCCCAAGGCGGUCAUGAAAGCCAUGAAGGCAAAGCCUCUUUUCCCUGCUCCCAAGCGAGGAAAGCAUCGCGUCCAGCGACGCCCCGCUUCCAAGAACUAUGUUCCCGUGCCAUAUGUUCGCCACGGCAUCCUAUCGGCCAAAAACAAAGGGUUUCGCCAGCGAUGGGGGGAGUCCAUACAGCACCUCAUGUCACUGAAAGGCCGCCGACUGAUCACACACCUUCAGAAGGACAAAAUCUUGCCCAGCUGGCAGGGUCGCCAGUGCCCUCGCUGUGCCAAAGGCGUUCUCGGGACACUCAACUACGUCAAGGCUAAGAAGAUCUGGGCCUACCGAUGCAAUCACAAGCACUGCCACAAGUUCUUGCAGCCGCACGACUACCAUCCCGUCUUCUUCAUGUCUGCUGGGAACUCGUCAACGUCGCUUGGCAAACAGGCUGCAGCGCUGUAUUGUGCAACAGCCAAUGUCCCCUGCCAGUCUACCCACUUGAUCCUUGACAUGGACCACAAGCCCGUGGAGCGCAUCUACACCAACCUAGACGUCGCCCGUGCUCAGUACGUCGUCCAGCAGGAGAAGAAGAUCACCUACGGUGGCAAUUGGGAGGAUGUAGAGGUAGAUGAAGUCGAUCUGGGCAAGCUCACGGACGAGUCCUUAGGCCCACGCAACACGAAGUGGGAACAGUGGGGCGGACUAGUUCAGAGAGGCUGUCCAUCGUCGUUGUGCUUGUUUCGCUUGAACCCGAAGCUCACCACAAAGCGGGCGCCGGGUCCUGGCCCAAUCAAGAAGGUGGACUGGGCUGUUAUUGCUAAAAAACACCUCGCCAACCGCAAGGUGGUCUUGCACAGCGACGGCGCCCGUGCCUACACUCUCAAGAUCCCGCAAGUGAAGCAUUGCAACGUCGUCCACAAGAAAAAGAAGGUUACCGUCAACGGCAAGGCACAGUGGGUCAAGCCCCACUACACGAAGGUUUACACCAUCAAACUUCCAGACCGCCGACGGCUGAAGGUGAAAAGCGGGACGCAAGUCAUUGACCGUAGCCAGCAACUCGUCCGGAAGAUCCGGUCGGCCCAGUUUACGUACUGGAACCGCAAUUCGAACCUGUGGAAGGCCACAGGUCGAAUGAUCCACUCUCUCUUUCAGAUCAACUGA